AUGAAUCCUAAUGCAGUACGUAUGCCAGUAGCACCCGAAGCAGCAAUGUGGUACGUUGGAAUGGUAGGUAUAGGUAGUGAUCUUACUUGGCUUCAAUGCCAUGGUGCCACCCAAACUUUCAAUCAAGAUGCCCCUCUUUAUCCCUGGGAGGAUUCGCAAACAUAUCAUCCCCUUCCUUGCCAUACUCACCCUGCAUGCAUGGGUGAUAGUUGCAAUAUCAAUGGCGAACGUGUUUACCGAGUAGCUUAUGCGAGUGCUGCAGUUACGACUUGUGUUAUUGCUAAAGAAACAUUCAGUAUAAACUCAGACACCGGUGGUGGCGCCUUUGAAACUCUUCAACUACUCAUGGGUUGUGGUUUUCACCAAGAAAAUUUUGUUGAUUUCGGUAAUAACCGCGGUCUUAUAAACGGAAAGCCUGAUCUUAUUGCAGGAAUACUUGGUCUGAGAAGAGGACCAUUGUCUUUUAUAAAUCAAUUAGCUGCUGAUGGACAAGGAGGCACAUAUUUAAGUUUUGGUGCAGAUGCGACAAUUGGAAGCGGAGGUCAAAAAGUGCAUACAACUCCCAUAGUACUACCCGACUUUCAUCUUCAGACAUCGUCUUAUUACUUAAAUCUAGAGGAUAUCACUGUGAGUUCCACUCGUGUAGGUUUUCUGAGAAAAGAUUUUGAGCUUAAAGAGGAUGGACGUGGCGGUUGUAUCAUAGAUUCGGGGACUCCGUAUACCGUAAUGUAUAAAGAUCAUUUUGAUAGAGUUGCAAAGUUGGUGGUAGCAUAUUUUGAAAAGAAUGGUAUGCCUGUUGCUGCAUCCACCGGAGAUGGCCUUUGUUUUGUUAUAACCAAAAAUGAGUAUAGAGUUCCCAUCAUAAAAUUUCAUUUUCAACAGCAGGCCGAUUUUGUUGUUUCAGAGACUGGUUUUUCGCCAAUCGGUGGAAAUGUUUGUUUAACUAUAGUUCAAUCGGAAUCUGAUACGGGGCCAGCUUUUAUUUUAGGAGCAUUUCAGCAAGUUAAUAAGAGGAUUUUGUAUGAUAAUAUGAUUAUGGCACUCUCAUUUGCUGAUGAGAUAUGCUAA